UACCAAUCAGUCUCCGCGUGGCACAGGAUCAUAACUACAACCUCUUCCUGGUUGACAAUGCUGCGUAUGGAUGCUAAAUAUAUUGAAUACAAAGCUAUAAAUCAGUAAAAUCGUUUUCUAUAACAUCUGCAGUUGAGCGGAUACUUUCGCGAUGGGUUUACUAACGAUUUUAAAGAAGAUGAAGCAGAAGGAGCGGGAGAUGAGGCUGCUGAUGCUAGGUCUGGAUAACGCGGGGAAGACGACCAUCCUGAAGAAGUUUAAUGGAGAAGACGUGAGCACCAUCUCCCCGACGCUGGGCUUCAACAUCAAAACACUGGAACACAAAGGGUUUAAACUGAAUAUUUGGGAUGUAGGUGGACAGAAGUCGCUGCGCUCCUACUGGAGGAACUACUUUGAGAGCACAGACGGGCUGGUGUGGGUGGUGGACAGCGCAGACAGACUCAGACUGGAGGACUGCCGAAAGGAGCUAAGUUCACUGCUGCUGGAGGAGAGGUUAGCUGGUGCAACUCUGCUAGUGUUUGCCAACAAACAGGACUUACCAGGAGCCCUGUCAAAAGAGGCAAUACAAGAGGCUCUGGCCCUGGAUGACAUCAAAAGCCAUCACUGGUGCAUCAUUGGUUGCAGUGCAGUUACAGGAAAGAAUUUGCUAGCUGGAGUGGACUGGUUAUUAGAGGAUAUCGCUGCAAGGAUCUUCACCACUGACUGAGAUUGUCCCUGAUUUCUUUAACAGCUGCCUCAUGUUUAAUGGGUGACACGACUCCAGUUUCAUCCGACUAGUUAUCUGUAUCCAUAGUUCCAGAAAACAUACAUGGAUUAUUUUUGGACAGUUGUGAAUACCACGUCUUAGUUUAAGAGAUCUAGGGUUUGAAUUUGUCAAAAUGACUAAGUAACAACCUAAUACAAGUUUGUUUACAGCAUGCCAUGUUGUAUAUUCACUGACAUGAACCUUCUCCCAGUUGCUCUCGUACCUCGCAUUAGUGUUCUAAUGAAUUGAAAUGCCUUUUGAAUAAAUAUUGAAAGAAAAUCAA